UACGAAGUCUGCAGUAUGUGGAAUGAACCGUAUUAUGGUGUAUCACACAUUACGUCAUUGUCACUGUUGCCCCUACAACUAAAGAGACGCUCAGAAAGAUUAAUGCAGAGUACCGCGACGAAGAAUUAUGGUUAGUGCUGGCACGGACUAGUGUGAUAACAUUUUGUAUAGGAGAGAUGUGUAGGAUACGUGAACCGCCAGUCUCACUAGGUGCAUCACUUAUGAAUUUAUUCUUGUAGAUAGUGACACUUAAUUCAACUCAAAAUUAAAAUUACUUUGGCAAAAAAUACUAUAUAGACGACUCAAAUGUUCUCGCUCCGGUCAUCGUCGGAUCGGUCCCCGUCCUCUAUGGGUUAAUUUACGCGGACCAGGCUUCUUCUGUGCGAGGUGCAAUAUACCCCUAAUGUAUCUGACAGCACUUAAAGACGAUUUCUCGACCGGAUCUUAAUUAGACUAUAUCUUCGGUACUGGACCAGGUUUUCACCUACCUGUCGUCGUGUACCACGACAAGCUUAAUAGCUUUGUUAGUCCCAAAGCAUACAACGCAAGUAACGAUCCAAGCACUGAAGGCAACUACCGCUUGCAUUGAGAUUGACGUUAACGAUGAGUACACGCUGGUAGGACAGCUCUACGAAUGAUCAAAAACGGAGCCUAUGAGACAGCCAGCGACCAGUCCACUAAGAGUAAGAGCAAAAACAUAUUUUGCUCUGUACAAAAAGAGUUAGAAAAGACCAAUAUUGGCAAUGCAAUUAACAAAACAACAGCUCGUCAUACUAGCUGUCAUCAAGCUAGGAAGCCGUGCACAAGAAAAGGCAUUGACCCAGGAGCUCCAAAAAAUGGAUUUUUCUAUAUGAUUUGCUGAAAAAAGAAAAUCUAAAGGCGGGUACGCCGCAUAAUCAGGCGAAGUCCACGAUCAGGGUAUUGUCUAAGCUUCAAGGAUAACAAAAUCUGCAGGAUCUGUCUAACAGUAAGGGAC